AUGAUUGUCGACAGAGCAAGGACGGCUUGUGGAGAGCCUUUCUUUCCGCUUCUGAACGAGCGAAUCGCGCUCCAAUGGUUUCUGGUUAGGAAUGGGGUGGGAGAGGGCGAAAGAGAAGACGAAACAGAGAAGAGUAAGAGGGAUGCAUUGGUGCGGUUCGGUCUCGAAGGUCUGCUUCUUGUCUUUCUUUCCUUUAUUUCAUCGGGACUGGCCUCGCCAAGUCGCUUCCGGCUAUUCCCCUGCGAAUUCCUGUCUCACAAGUUUCCUGGGCGCGUGAUCCACGUUAAGUAG